CUGGUGUCUGAGGCAAUGAAUGGAAUGAAUCACUCCACAGUAUCAGAGUUUGUGUUCCUGGGACUCACCAACGUAUGGGAGAUCCAAGUUCUCCUUUUUGUCUUCUUCUUUUAAUUCUACUUGGCAAGCAUGAUGGGAAACCUUGUCAUUGUGUUCACUGUAACCUUGGAUGCUCAUCUGCAUUCCCCCAUGUAUUUCCUCCUGGCAAACCUUUCAGUCAUCGAUAUGUUAUUUUGCUCAAUUGCAGCCCCUAAGAUGAUUUGUGAUAUUUUCAACAAACAAAAAGUUAUCUCCUUUUGUGGAUGUAUUACCCAGAUCUUCUUUAGUCAUGCUGUUGGGGGCACUGAGAUGGUGCUGCUCAUCUCCAUGGCCUUUGACAGAUAUGUGGCCAUCUGUAAGCCUCUAUACUACUUGACCAUCAUGAGUCCAAGAAUGUGCCUAUACUUUCUAGUCAUGUCCUGGAUCAUUGGCCUUAUCCAUUCAUUGGUUCAAUUAGUUUUUGUGGUAGAUUUGCCUUUUUGUGGCCCUAAUAUACUGGACAGUUUUUAUUGUGAUCUUCCCCGGCUCUUCAGACUUGCCUGUACAAACACCCAAAAACUGGAGUUCAUGGUUACUAUUAACAGUGGGUUCAUUUCUGUAGGUGCCUUUGUCUUGCUGGUUAUCUCCUACACCUUCAUUCUCUUCACUGUUUGGAAACAUUCCUCAGGUGCUUCAUCCAAAGCCCUCUCUACCCUAUCAGCUCAUAUCAUUGUGGUGGUGGUGUUUUUUGGACCACUGAUGUUUUUCUAUACAUGGCCUUCUCCCACAUCACACCUGGAUAAAUAUCUUGCUAUUUUUGAUGCACUUAUCACUCCUCUUCUGAAUCCAAUCAUCUAUACAUUCAGAAACAAAGAGAUGAAAGUGGCAAUGAGGAGACUGGGCAGUCGUCUUGUGCAUUACAGGAAAAUUUCAUAA